AUGAAGCAGCAGCAGCAGCAGCAGCAGCAGCAGCAGCAAGAGGAGCAGCAAAGUCGAGACUCCGGAGAGAAGCAACAGCAAAGACUGCAGCAGCAGCAGCAAAAUGAAGUAAUGCUUGCGCGCCAAGAGCUGCAGCAGCAACAGCAGCAGCCGCUGCAGCAGCUGCAGCAACAGCUGCAGCAGCAGAGGCAGCGGGGGCAGCUGCUGGAAAAGCGGGAACACCUUCUGCAGCAGCAGCAGCAGCAGCAGCAGCAGUGUGGCAUGACCAGCAUAGCUCAGCUGCUGCCUUGCUGCUGCUGCUGCUGCUGCUGCUGCUCUGUCUCCGUUUGCUGGGGGGCCCUUGAGGGGUGGGUCCCUCAGGGGGGCCCCUGCUGCGCUGCAGCAGCAGCAGCAGGAGCUUGGAAUGCAUGCAGAGGCUUCAGGCGGGGGGCCCCUGGUGCAGCUACUGCUGCUGACGUGCUGCUGCUGCUGCUGCAGCAGCAGCAGCAGCAGAGAGACCUAGCAGCAGACCGCCUGCUGCAGGCGGUGGGGCUGAGGCCUGCUGCAGCAACGCGGCAGCAGCUCAACACGCUGCUGCUGCUGCUGCAGCAGCAGCUAGACCAGCUGCUGCUGCAGCACGGCCUGGCACAAGCUCAGCAGCAGCAGCGCAAACAGCAGCAACAGCGCCAACAGCAGCAGCAGCAGCAGCAGCAGCAGCAGCAGCCUCCACUGCAGCAGCAGCAGCAGCCUCAAGAGGAACAGCAGCAGGAAGCAGACUUUGAGGACCCUUCAGAGGGGCCCCCAGAUGAGCUGCAGCAAACGAACCCCUCGAAGGAAAUCCCUGGGGGCCCCCAAGGGGCCCCCCCCGGGGGCCCCCCAGGGGCCCCCCUGGGGGCCCCCCAAGGGGCCCCCCAAGGGGCCCCGCAGGGGGCCCCACAGGGGGCCCCACAGGAGAGUUUAGUACUGGAAAGAUCCCCAAAUGAAGUUCCCCAAGGACUAUUUUCGAGAGGCGGCUCGUCUGCUGCUGCUGCUGCUGCUGCUGGGGGCGCAGCAGAGGAAAAGGUUUCUCUGGCUGGAUAUGUUGCUGCUGCUGCAACAGCAGCAGCAAAGAGAUCGCGCAGGAGAAGGCUGGAGGCCCUACUGGCUCGAGAAGCCCUUUACAGGGUACUUCACGCAGCACGAGGGGCCCCCCAAGGGGCCCCCCAAGGGGCCCCCCAAGGGGCCCCCCGAGGGGCCCCCCAAGAAGUCCCCCAAGGGGCCCCCCAAGGGGCCCCCCUAGGGGCCCCCCAAGGGGCCCCCGUAGGGGCCCCCCAAUCCCUAAUGGACAGCCAAAAAGAAUGCCCAACUGACAUUUCAGAAGCCCCUCUUGAGGGCCCCACAGCCGGGGGCCCCCCCAUAGCUGGGGGCCCCACAGCUGGGGGCCCCACAUCUGGGGGCCCCACAUCUGGGGGCCCCACAUCUGGGGGCCCCACAGCUGGGGGCCCCACAGCUGGGGGCCCCACAGCAGGGGGCCCCCAAGAGGGUCCUGCAGGCGGUAGUGAGGGCCCCCUAGGGGGCGAGGGCCUUAGGGUACUGGAGGGGGGGCCCCCCAAUGGUGGGGGCCCCCCAAAUGGCGGGGGGCCCCCAAGUGGGGAGGGGCCCCCAAAUUGCGGGGGGCCCCCAGAUAGGGGGAGGGGCCCAGAUGGGGAGACCCUUUUGCUGCUGGAUGGUUCCUUAGAGAAAAGCGAAACAGGAGUGCAGCAGCAGCAGCAGCAGCAGCAGCAGCUGCUGCUGCAGCAGCUGCUGCUGCAGCAACUGCUGCCGAUGGCCCCUUUGGCUGCUUGGGUUACUUCUGCAGCAGCAGCAGCAAACCCUGCCAAGAGCAGCAGCAAAAGAAGAGGCCGCUCUAGCUGCAGGCCUGCUGCUGCAGCUAGACCCACUCCCGAAUUUCUGCUGCUGCUCACCCCAACACAGCUGCAGCAGCAGCAGCUGCAGCAGCAGCAGCAGCAGCAGCAGCAGCAGCUGCAGCAGCAGCAGCAGCAGCUGAACUGUUGGGCGGACGAGGAGGCCAAUGGCGAGGAGACAGCAAAGGCGCAGCGAAGUGCAGCAAAAACGGGCAGCACGAGCCCUCCACCCACAGUGCAGCAGCAGCAGCAGCAGCAGAAGCAGCAGCAGCAGCAGCAGCACAACCAGCGAGUAUGUCUGCAGCAGCAAGCGCUGCAGGAGGAAGAACAGCAACUAUGUAAACUUCAGCAGCAGCAAGAGCAGCAGGGUCAGAUGCCGCAGCAGAAGCAGCAGCAGGAGCAGCAGCAGGAAGAGCAGCAGCUGCAGCAACAGGUGCAGCAAGAGCCACCGUUGUCGCCCCAACAGCAAGAGCAACAGCAGGAGCAGCAGAUGCAGGAAGAGCAGCAGCAGCAGGAAGAGCAGCAGCAGCAGGAAGAGCAGCAGCAGCAGCAGCAGAGGCAGCAGGGGAGGCAGCAGCAGCAGCAGCAGCCACGUCUGUUUUUCUCUUCUGCUGUCGAGACUGCUGCAGCAGAAUGGCUGCAUGCAGUUUGCUGCUGCCGCGGACUGCACGCAGCAAAGACCUUCAACAGCAGCACAAGGCAAUGCUGCUGUUCUGCCAUCAAGCAGCUGGACAUGCGUUGGCUGCAGCAGCAGCAGCGGCAGCAGCAGCAGCAGCAACGGCAGCAGCAGCAGCGGCAGCAGCAGCUGUUGCAAGAGCAGCCAGAGGAGCGGCAGCAGCAGCACGAGCGGCAGCAGCAGCAGCAGCAAGAGCAGCAGCAACAGCAACAGCGAGAGCAACAGCAGCAACAGCGGCAAGAGCAAACGCGACGGCAACAGGAAGAGCUGCAGCAGCAGCAGCAGCAGCAGCAAGAGCAACAAGAUGAGCUGCAGCAGCAGCUGAAACUGCAGCAGCAACAACAGCUGCUGCAGCAGCAGCGGCUGCUCCUGCCGCCGCUAGUGAGCAGCUGCAGCUCAUUUGGCCCCAACAGUUCUUGGGGCGCUGUCAGCAGCAGCAGCAGCAGCAGCAGCAGCAGCAGCCACAGCAGCAGCAGCAGCAGCGACAGCAACACUGGUCAGUGCAGAAUUAACAACGGCACGGAAGGUGGUAGCAUAUGCAGCAGCAGCUGCAGCAGCAGCAGCAGCAACAACAAUGACGGCGGCAGUAGCAGCUGCAGCAGCAGCAGCAGCAGCAGCAACAGCAGCGCUGCGGAUCUGCUGCCGCUGGAGGUGGGGUAUGUUUUCUGGGGGCCUCCUUCAUCUCCCUUCAAGUGUCUUUACAAAGGUAACGCUGCUGCUGCUGCUGCUGCUGCUGCUGCUGCUGCUGCCGUAGCAGCAAAGAGUCCAGCAGCAGCAGAAGAGCAAGCUGUGGCAAGUGGUGCAGCAGCAGCACAAGCAGCAGCAAUAACGGCGGAAGGAGCAGCAGCAAGUACAGCAGCAGCAGCAGCAGCAGCCACAGAACCAUCAGCAGCAGCAGCACAACCAACGGCAGAAGCAGAAGCACAAGCAGCAGCAGCAAACCCAACACUGGGAGACUGUACAGCAGCAGCAGCAGACACAGGAGCAGCAGCGAGCAGCAGCAGCUCUGUUACAACGUCAGCAGAUGCAAGAGCAGCAGCAGACAGCAGCAGCACUGCUGCAGCAGCAGAGGCAGAAGCAGCAGCAGCAGCAGCAGCAACAUCAAGAGGAGCAGCAGCAGCAGAACUUACAACAGCAGCUGCAGCGCCGGAACCGCCAGCACCAGCUCUAGCAGAUGUGCCCGCCCCACUAGGCCCAGCAGCAGCAGCAGCAGCAGCAGCAGCAGCAGCAGCAGCAGCAGCAGCAGCAGCAGAUGAAAUGUGGGAGAUGGUAGUUAGGGUUUUGGGGGCCCCCGGCAGCUGCCUAAUAUACCACGGCCCCAACCACUACGCACUUGUGUUUGCUGCUCGGGAGUACAGGGCAAACAGCUGCUGCUGCUUCUGCUGCUGCUGCAGCAGCAGCAGCAGCAGCAGCAACACCGGCCAGCAGCAACCACAGCAGCAGCAGCGUGAAGAGUGCCUUGACUCCAUUGCUGCUGCCAAACAGGGGGCCACGCCGUUGCCUCUACAGAGCAGUUCCAGCAGCAGCAGCAGCAGCAGCAACAGCAGCAGCAGCAACAGCAGCAGCAGAAGCAAGAGCAGCAGCAGCAGCAGCAGCAGCAGCAGCAGCAGCAGCAGCAGCAGCAAUUGCUGCUGCAACAGGGAGGCGCCUGUGCAGCGCGAGCUGCUGACAGCUCGCCGGCGGCAGCAGCCGGCGGUUUGGAUUUCUUUUGAACUUCUUUGCCAAGAAAUGGAAAAGACAAAAGGGUAUAGACUGCUCUACGUCACAAACCCUAAACCCUAA